CAUACCUCUUCACCCCAGCAGAGAAAAGUAAAUUGACAGUGGAUGCGGUGAAGCUGCACAAUGAGCUGCAGUCAGGAUCUCUGCGUUUGGAACGGACGAGUGACAGCGCUCAGCUCCGUAUGGAGGAGGACGAUGCUGUGGAGGACGCCACAGAGAAGUCCUCCGGCACCUUCCUGAGCGGGCUGAGCGACUGCACCAACGUCACCUUUAGCAAGGUGCAGCGCUUCUGGGAAUCCAACUCUGCCGCUCACAAAGAGAUCUGUGCUGUGCUGGCGGCCGUGACAGAGGUGAUCCGCUCACGGGGGGGCAAGGAGAGCGAGACGGAGUACUUUGCUGCACUGAUGACCACGCUGGAGGCGGUGGAGUCCCCUGAGUCACUGGCUGCUGUCGCCUACUUGCUUAACCUUGUUCUAAAGCGGGUCCCAAGCCCUGUGCUCAUAAAAAAGUUCUCAGAUGUGUCGAAAGCCUUCAUGGGUAUCGUGUCCUCACAGGCCUGCGGCAGCUCCACCUCUGCCCUGCGAUGGGUCCUCUCUUGCCUCGCCACACUGCUGCGGAAGCAGGACUUGGCAGCCUGGAGCUACCCUGUCACCCUCCAGGUCUAUCAUGGCUUGCUGAGCUUCUGCGUUCAUACCAAGCCUAAGGUGCGGAAAGCGGCACAGCACGGCGUGUGCUCCGUCCUGAGGGGCAGCGAGUUCAUGUUUGGAGAUGCGGCCCCUGAGCAUCACCCUGCGGCACCCUCCACCGCCAAGUUCUGCGUGCAGGAGAUCGAAAAAGCUGGAGGCACCAAGGAGGCAACCACCACCCUGCAUGUCCUCGCCUUGCUGCGGGACCUGCUGCCUUGCUUCCCUGCGGCUGUGGUGAAGACCUGCUGCGAGACCUUGCUCCGAGUCAUGACCCUCAGCCACGUGCUGGUGACAGCAUGUGCCAUGCAAGCCUUCCACAGCCUCUUCAGCGCCCAGGCCAGCGUGGCCUGCCUGCCGGCUGAGCUCAACGCCCAGAUCAUCACCGCCCUCUACGACUACGUGCCCAGCACAAGUGACCUGCAGCCACUGCUGACCUGGCUGUCCACAAUGGAGCGGGCGCAUGUCAAUCUGGGCAGGCUGCAGAAGGACCUGUGCUGGGCUCACCUGCCCCGGCUGUUCUCUGCCACCAUGAACUGCUUCCUCUCCCCACACUCCCAGGUGGUGGCAGCAGCAGCGCAGACCCUGGAGACCCUCCUGAGUGAGUGCGUCGCUCCCCACAUGGAGGACCUGGGCACCGUCUCUGCUUCUGCCCCAGCCCCUGCCGCCUACCUGUGCAAGAUGUUCAGAUCAGUGGAGGAAGGCCUGACGUACCGUUUCCACGCAGCAUGGGACAAGGUGCUGCAGGUGCUGGAAGUCUUUUUUGAGACAUGUGGGAAGCAGUGCCACCCCAUCAUGAGGAAGUGUCUCCGGUCCCUGUGUGACCUGCGUCUCUCUCCACACUUCCCCUACACCGCCGAAGUGGACCAGGCAGUGGGGGCUGCUGUGAGCACCAUGGGCCCUGAGGUGCUGCUGGAAGCCGUGCCUCUGGAGAUUGAUGGCAAGGAGGAGACACUGGAUUUCCCCCGCAGCUGGCUCCUGCCAGUGCUGCGGGACUAUGUGCAGGGCGCACGGCUUGGCUUCUUCACCAGCUACUUCUUGCCCUUGGCGGCCACCCUGAAAAGCAGAGGUGAGGAGGGGAUCAGUGAGUUGGGUGAAGGGUGCUGGCCUCCCACCUUUUCCUUUGCCUUCCAGGUCUGGACCUUACUGCCUGGCUUCUGCACCCGCCCCAUGGAUGUGCUGGGGGCCUUCAAGGGGCUGGCCCGCACCCUGGGCAUGGCCAUCAGCGAGCGCCCAGACCUCCGCCCCACCGUGUGCCAGGCCUUGCGCACCCUCAUCCAUAAAGGCUGCGAGACAGAUGCGGAACGGGCAGAAGUGGGCCGCUUUGCCAAAAAUUUCCUGCCCAUCCUGUUCAAUGUGUACAGCCAGCCCGAGGAGGAUGGGAGCAGCAGUGCGCAGCGUCGCUCCGUGCUGGACACCGUCCGUGCUUACCUGACCAUCACCGACCCCCAGAUGGUGUGUGGGUUCCUGCAGAAAGCCAGCACGAAGCUGACCAGUCCUGAGAGCUCCGAAUUUGUCAGACUCUCCAUCCUGGACCUGGUGGUGGCAAUGGCACCUUACGCUGAUGAGCAGUCCCUGGACUCCCUGUACCGCACCAUUCAGCCUUCCCUCCAGAGCAAGGAGCACAGCAUGCAGAAGAAGGCGUACCGCGUGCUGGAGGAGGUGUGUGCUGCUCCCCAUGCUCCCUGCCAGGCCUUCAUCCGCUCCCACCUGAAGGAUCUGCAGGCAGUGCUGCUGGACUCGCUCAAGAGUGCGGCAUCCCCAGCCAAGAGGCCCCGGCUGAAAUGCCUGUUCCACAUCGUGAAGCAGCUCUCUGCGGAGCAUGAGCCCUUCGUCACUGCCCUGGUCCCAGAGGUCAUCCUGUGCACCAAGGAGGUGUCAGUGGGAGCCCGCAAGAAUGCUUUCAUGCUGGUCGUGGAGAUGGGACAUGCCUUCAUCCGCUUUGGGCCUACCCCACAAGAGGCCAUGCAGCGGUUCCUGCUCCUGGUCUAUGCGGGGCUCACAGGCUCGGUUACCAUGAUCAGCUGCACAGUGCUGGCUCUGACCCGCCUGUUCUUCGAGUUCAAAGAUCACCUGGAGCUGAGCGUGGUGGAGCAGCUCCUGCAGAACAUCUGCCUGCUGCUGGCCUCCCGCACACGAGAUGUGGUGAAGGCGGCCCUGGGCUUCCUCAAGGUCACACUGCUGCUGGUGGACACCAAGCUACUGGCCAAGCAUGUCCAGGAGAUGCUGGAGGCCGUGGGGAACCUUUCGGACGACAUGAGACGCCACUUCCGUAUGAAGCUGCGAAACCUCUUCACGAAGUUCAUCCGCAAGUUUGGCUUCGAGCUGGUGAAGGGGCUGCUGCCAGCCGAGUACCACAAGGUGCUGGUGAACAUCCGCAAGGCAGAAGCCCGGAGCCGCAAGCAGCGUGCCUUGAGGCAGGCGGCUGCGGAUACGGAAGAAGAGGAGGAACUACCAGCACAGCCCAGAGGAGACAGCAUGGAGGAGAUCCUGGCUGACUCGGAGGACGAGGAGGAGGAAGAGGAGGAACGGCAGCAGAGCAAGGAGCGGAGGAAGCAAGCACGGCAGAAGGGCCAGGCCUGGCUGAAGGAAGGGGAAGAGGAUGAGCCUCUCAACUUCCUGGACCCCAACGUGUCCCAGCGGGUGCUGGCCACCAAGCCAGGCCCCAAGCGGUCCAGAGGAGUGAGUCAUGACUUCCAGGUGUCUGAGGAUGGACGCCUGAUCAUCCAUGAAGAGGAGGAGGAGGUGGACGAUGAUGAAGCCAAAGGAGCAGACGAGGAGAUGGCAGACGUGCUGCAAGAUGUGGGUCUCCGUAGUAAGAAAAGCCAGAAGCGUCGGUUCAGAGAGGAGCCAGAUGAUGAGGAACCUGAGGCCGGGACCUACCCUCAGUACAGAGCCGGAGGCUCUGGGAUCCACCGGCAGCUGAACAAGGAGCCAGCCUUUGGUGCAGAGUACAGAUCCAAGAAAGGUAAAGGCGACGUGAAGAAGAAGGGCCAGCUUGACCCCUACGCCUACAUCCCCUUGAACAGAGCUAGACUCAACAAAAGGAAGCGGGCGAAAAUGCAGGGCCAGUUCAAAGGCCUGAUGAAGGGAGCCCAGCGUGGGGCCAAGGCUGGCCGCAGGAACCGUCUGAAGGCCCAACGUCCCUGAGGAGCCUCAGGUGCUCAGUGUGCACCUGUCCAAGGACAGACAACACCCUGUGACCUCUGGGCACCGGGGGACAGGGGCUUCACGAGUGGAG